AUUCUUCAAUCAAUCAAAAAAAAUAAAAAAUAGCGAAUGUUUGGGCCACCUAGGAAGCGUGAGGGGGGAAACAUUUCGCUGCUGCACAUUUCCUGUUUCCUAGCAACAAGAGCAAUGUGGUUCAUGCGAAGCAGGAAAAACAAGACAAUUGGAUAAAGAGACCUUUCCCUUUACAUGAAAGUAACGGUUUAAAAAUGAUGAAUAUGUAGUGGAUAUGCGCCGUUAUAUCUUGCAUUAAAUUAUGCUGCUGCAGGACAUUCGUUGGACCCUACUGGAAAGAUCUGGCUUCCUUUUGUAUGGACUAGAAAGGCCUCUAAUGCAUUUCCAACUUGGAACUUUGCAAACUUCUGCACUUAAUUCAAUCACUAUCCUGUAAUGGCAUUGUAAGACCCAAGCAGGACAACAGGAUUUCCUUGCAAACAGUGUGGCAUUGUAUGUCCCAGUAUGCCUAAUCUGCUUGAGCACAUGGAUGCCAAUCAUCAAGAAGAAGAAGAAGAAGAAGAAGAAAGAAAAUUUAAAUGUGAUGAAUGUGGACGUGGUUAUAGACAUGCUGGUAGUCUAACUAACCAUAGAAAGACUCACGAAGUUGGUUCUUUUCACUGUAACAUAUGUGGAAAAGAAAACUCUAAUGCUUCGGCUCUGAAGAGUCAUCUCCGGAGCCACACUUCAUUAAAAAAAUACUCCUGUGCAGAGUGUGGAAAAGCUUUUCGUUUAGCAACACAGCUAUCUACUCACAAGAGGGUACAUCUUGCAAAAAAGACAAAGGAGAAGUCAUAUCGGAAGUUAGACAUGGAAAAUUCCAGCCCUGAAAAUGAUCAACCACAUCAACUGAAUGAGGAGUCUACAAAUCUUGGAACUUCUCCAGAAAAUGGCCCAUCUGAGGACAAGACAGAAGAUAUUUACAAUUCACAAUCUGAGACCUGUGAUGAGGCAUUGGAUAGACCCUUCAAGUGUGAUUUGUGUGACAAAUCAUACAUACAUCACCGAAGCCUGAGCAAUCAUAAAAAGACUCACCAAGUGGGACUGUUUGAGUGCACCGUCUGUUUCAAACUAUUCAAUAACAUGGCUGCCCUCUACAGCCAUCAGAGAACUCACAAAGGAAGAAGUGGGACAGACCUCACUUUGACAGGCGGGUCCUACACAAGCACAACCCUGGACCAGUUCUCUCCCCAGAGCCAGGAUGCUCCAGUCAAUUUUUGCCAUUUAUGUCAGGUACUUUUCCCUACAGAUGAGGAGUUCCAGGAACACAUUCAGAUGCACAACUCAUCUUCUCUGUCACUUGACCCUCAAAAUUCUUUGUCAGAGAACCAAAGUCUAACAUAUGACAGCAGUGUUGCUUCACCCGAGUCAGUUUUUUAUACAUCUCCUAUAAACAGGAUCCCUCUGGUGUCAUCAAUAGAUAAUCUUGGGAGUGUUGAUCAGCCACUGGAGAAAAUAAGACAUAAUGGCCAUGUGUUCUCAGACUGCUCCAGUGAUCUAAAACCUUCAUCCAAUUGCACUCAGGGAGAAAUUCCUGUCUUGAACACGAAUAUUUUUAGUCAGACACUCAUGUCCACACAAAACACUGACAAAAUGGAAGAAAAUUCAACUGUAGAUUCUGAGGAGCGCCCUUUUAAGUGUGAGAUCUGUGGUAAAAGCUACCGACACUCUGGGAGCCUCAUCAACCACAAACGGUCACAUCAGGUGGGGACUUAUGAAUGCUCUGUUUGUAGAAAGAAUUAUCCUCACCUAGCUGCUCUCAAAAGUCACCUUCGUCUCCACAAAGCUCAGCCGUCAUCUUACAACCUCAGAACGGGAGGAGACUGGCUCUCAUCAGAGCCUCUGACUUUGGAUUGCCAACAGACAUGUUCCCUUUCCCAAAACAACCAGGAAAACGGUGCUCACCCUGUGGUUGAUAUCGAUCAGGAGAACGGCGCUGACCACAGCAAUACAGCAUUUUACCAGGAGCAGUUUAAUCAGGAUUUCUCCCAGGAUAUGACUGUGCAUCUACCUCACAACGGACACCUGAUGCAGAGGCACAUGUGUGCAGACUGUGGUGAGACAUUUGCAGAUAUUGCAGGGAUCAAGUCUCACAGCUGCCCAUUGCUACAGCACCAACAACACGACAGUAACGGUGAUGAGUACAACACUAGCUUAAACGUCCAGCCCAGUAAUGGUCAUUGCAUCAUUGGAAAUCCAGGAAAUAAUGCGGAGUUCUGUGGCCUGAAUGGCGGCCACAACCAAAGUUACUUUGAACAGAACUUCCGUGAAAAUGUGUGCAGCACUCAGCCAAAUGCUACUAUAGAAGAUGAGGAAGAUGAUGACGGAGAUCUUUACCAGUGCUCUAUAUGUGGCAACAGCUACACCAGCAAGAGGGCUCUCAGGAGCCAUCUCCGAGGGCACACACAGUCUAAUAGUACACCUGCAAGCUCACGGCCUUCUUCCAUGUCCUCCCAUGAAGAAGAAAAAGAUGAGCUUGGAGAGAUGAUGAUGAUCUGUAGCACAUGUGGGGAAAGUUUUGCCAAUAGGCAAGAUUUGGUUGCUCAUCAGAUUCUCCACAACAAGGACACGGAAGACUGUAAAAAACAUUUGCCUGUGAACAACCAUGUUCCAGAAAGCAAAGAGGAAGAACAAAUCAUCUGUGGCAGUUGUGGCAUCUUCUGCACCAGCUACGAUCAUCUGGACAACCAUGUCUGCACAGCUGAGGGGAAAGAUGAGUCUGUUCACUGCAAGGAAGAAAUUAAAGUCAACACAGUUGUCCAGCAUGAUGAAACGAGUCCCAUGAGAGAAACUGUUGAUGCUGAAGAUCGCCAGUACAAGUGUGAUCAGUGUGGGCGGUCGUACAGGCAUGCUGGCUCCCUCCUCAACCAUAAAAAGUCCCACAAGACAGGCGUAUUCAGAUGUCUUAUCUGCCAGAAACGCUUUUACAACCUGUUGGCUCUUAAAAACCAUCAAAGAUCCCACUUUGAUAUUAAGAGGCACACUUGUCAGGAGUGUGGAAAGGCCUUCAAAAUCCAGAAGCAGCUGUUGAUCCAUCUGAGAAGGCACAAAGAGAACCAAGCCAAAAUCCAGGAACUCAACAAUCAGAUCCAGGCACUCAUGCAAAUGAAUGGGAGCAGAUCAGAUGGGAGAACGCCAUCAUUAACUACAAACGCCAGUCAGGCUUUUACCUCCGUUCGACGCCGCACGCAAACAGUUGAAGGGAAGGCAGGACAUGUAAAGUUGGAUAGCUCCAUUAAACUGGAGGACUCAUGCGAUCAGCGGCCUUUUGCGUGUGACCAGUGUGGGCGCACGUAUCGCCAUGCAGGAAGUUUAGUCAACCACAGAAACUCACAUAAAACAGGUGAAUAUUACUGCUCUAUUUGUAACAACACUUACUCCAAUCAGCUAGCGAUGAAAAAUCACUUGCGGACCCACUUUGCAUAUAAAAAGCACUCUUGUCAAAAUUGUGGAAAAGGCUUUAGAGGAAAGAAACAACUGUUGGCUCAUGUCUGUGCGGACCACAGAAAGGAUGGGUCCGGAGGAAGGAAGGGUCUCAGAUCUAGAGCCUUUAAAUGCAAAGUAUGUAAACAGACCUUUUUCUCAGCUGACCAACUGGCAGCCCAUCCCUGUGAUGGACCCUCAGACAACAAGGAAUCCCAGUUAAAUACAGCUCCAGCUAAAGAGGAGCGUCCAUUCACAUGCAACAUAUGUAAUCGCAGCUACCGCCAUGCUGGCUCACUGUUGAAUCACAAAAAUACCCACAAGACAGGGCACUUCAGCUGUACCUUUUGUUCCAAGCCCUUCACUAACCCGAUGGCUUUACGCAACCACACACGCAUCCACACGCAGAAGAAAAAGUAUGUGUGUCUGACAUGUGGCAAGGCCUUUCGCCUCGCUAGCAUCCUACACAACCACCAGAGGAUCCACAAUCGAGUGCUGAGUCACUUCAGCUGUACUUCGUGUGGAAAACGCUUCCAGGGCAGGGCCGGCUUGAAGAGGCACCGCUGUCACAGAGGUCAGGAGAACAGCACACUAUCGGGAGUCCAGCACUCGGAAAAGGGAGACAAAUGCUUCACGUGCGACUUGUGUGGACGCUCCUACCACCACGCUGGCUCCCUGCUCAACCAUAAGAAGUCCCACUCUGAAAACCUCCAUCACUGCACUUUGUGCCUCCAGACGUUUCCCGACCCUCUCACUCUGCAGAUACACUCCCAGAUGAGGCGUCACUGUUGCCCAGAGUGCGGCAAGACCUUCUGUCUGGUCUCACACCUGCAGAGCCACAUAGAGGUGCAUUCGAAGGAGCGGGCUGUGGUCUGCAGCCUCUGCCAGCAAAGCUUUCCCAGCACGGCCAGUUACAAGGAGCACCAUGAUGCAAAGCACAUGACUGAGGGCUCUUAUCAACAGGGCCUGGAUGAGCCUGUAGAGAACAACCGUUGUUGGGAUUCAGGAUUAAAUCAGUCAGCGAAGAUGGGUGAAAUGCAAAACCAAAUCCCACCACCACUGUCCCAUAUUCCAGGAAAUGUUACUGGUUCACAUAGGAGUAAUGAAACAUCCGUUACUGAGGAGAAGUGCCAUGUCUGUGAGCACUGCGGUCGAACCUACCGGCAUGCCGGCUCCCUCCUCAACCAUAAGAACAGCCACAAGACGGGCUCCUUCUUCUGCUCAGUCUGCCAGAAGGAAUACACCAACCUGAUGGCUCUCAAGAACCACCAACGCAUUCACACAGAGCCUAAACGCUACCAGUGCCUGGAGUGUGGAAAAGCGUUCCGUGUGUCCACUCAGCUCAUAUGUCACCGGAGGAUACACACCAAGGAGAAGCCCUUCGCCUGCCUGCUGUGCAGCAAGAGCUUCUCCAGCAAGUCCAACCUGCGGCAUCAUCAGAAGAUGCACCAGAACACCACCCCGACCUACGACUCUUCCUUUUGCAUGGAUGCUGAUGCAUUCAUGGACCUGGACAUGGAAUCCUUCCUAUAGAGUAAUCCAGAGGAUACAGCAGAAGGAAGAAGAGGCUCCUUUGAUUUCUUUUUUUCACCCAUCUUUCAAUAAUUGUUAAACAGUAUUGCUUUUUUUUUUUCCUUAAAGAAAUGCUUCUUUGGUCCAGACGGAACCCCUUUGAAAAGUUGCAAAUUUUGAUGGAUUUUCAAACUUGCAUCCCGAAUGUAUUCUGAUGUUUCAUCAAUUUGCUUUUAAAUGAGCCUGAAUGUUUUCCUUGUAUACACAGGAUUCCCUUAGACUGGUUGGAUGAUGGACAUUCCCUGUCUCUGCUCAUUCCUCUAUGACACAUUAACCAACCAAAGUGAACAGAAAACUGCAGUCCAGGUCCACGUGAGAAACAUACAGUGAUGAUAAACAUGUUUUGUAAAACGGUACUGUUCUUACUCUUGUUAAGUAUAAUUGUGUUCAGUGCCUCUGUAGAUUCCUUAGGAAGCUAAAUAUACAAAGUAUAUAUGUAUCUUUGGAUCCUUCUGUUUUGGUUUUUGCCAUCAGUGUUAAAAGACUGUUCACCUUGCUUUGGGAAUUCACAUACAGUGAGGGGAAAAGCCUCAUAUUUUCAAGUCAAAUACCUCUUUGUGUGUUCGAAGGUCAGUGGCAAAGUGAACUACUCAAACUAGAUGAUUAAUUCAAUAGCUGUACUACUAAUAAUAAUCACGUUCACGCUGAGUGAUACUAUUUGCUAAAAUAGAUAUAUUUAUUAAUUUAUUCCUGUUGUUUUAUGUGCAUAUUUUAUCAGAAGAACGUUCUAUGAAUGUUUUUUUUGUUGUUUUUUUUUAAAACUGGACUCUAAAACUCAUGUAGCUUUUUAAAGACCUUCUCAGUUAUUCGUUUGUAUAUCAUUAUUUUCUGUAAAAGCAGAAAUGAAUGAAUGAGCCAAGGAUGACGUGUCAUCGGCUGCACUCAGGGUCCGCCUUCAAAGGGAGCAUACCUGAUGUAUAAAACUCUGUAAAUGAACCAAGCAACGCAUUUUUCCCUGAUUUUAUGCUUGUAAUUUGAAUUUAUGUGACAAAGAAAGUACCUCAUCUAUAAAUGCUAAGUUUUUAUAUAUCAAUACAUGAAAUUAACUCCUCUGGUCCUUAACGUGUUAAAUUUAUAGAUUGACUAGAGGUGCAAAAAAGUUGUAAAAUCAGCUGGUUUUCACCUUUAUUACCUGUGGUAACCAACUCAAAUGCCAACAAAAAGAAAUGUCAGUUAAAGCAAUGGAAAGGAUUAUUAAACUCUUUCGAGAUCAUAAUUUAGCAGGAUGUUUAGCAAAAUAUGUUAGUUGUAGCAAAAGUCCUAUUUUGGACACCCCCACCCCCCCAAAAAAAUAAAAAUAAAACCCCUUUUAAUUCAUGUGGAGAUGGUUAGUACUGAGUUAAUACAUUUUGUAUUUUCUUCGCUGAUCGAUAAUUCGCUGUGGUAUGUCACAUGUUCGACUGAGGUUGUGUUCUCCUGUUUUUGAGACGUGGUGAGGACCAGAUGGUUUCUUUUUCCUUUAACGUGGCUGUAGCUUGUCAGUCAUUCCAACACACUAUUGCAGGGCACGCUGUAACCCUUCGUGGACUCAUGAAGAAACUUCAGUUUUGUUGACUUAUGUACCGGUGCCUAAAAUGUUAUCCGAUUGUAGCAGUAUUACAGGAAAGAACCUCUUCUCGCUGAACUUGUUACACUGUUAACCAUCAAUUUUUAUAAUUUAACUGUUUUUUUUUUCUUUUUUGUUUGUUUCUUUUUAGUUUGUUUCAACCCUCAUCGACAAACGGUUAAGUGAAAGCAAUUCUUAAAGGGAGAAGCCAACAGUUUGGUAAUGAGCUUAGAUGCCGUCAACCCUAGAGUUUGAUAUUUUACAGUUACUGUAUUUACAACAUGUAAAAUUGUUUUGAAGUUUAUUUUCUCACUGAGGCCAGGUACAGCAGUCAGCUUCCAGACUGAGUUAUUGGAUGUACAGAGAAGUCAUAUUUAACCGCUUAAAAAAACUCGGGGGUUGAUUAUAAAUAAUCCAAGUCCCCAUAUGUUGGUGUAUCCCUUUAACUAUUGUAUUAUAACCAUGGGAUGAAACUGGCUCCUUUUUUAGGGACAGUUAAUGUGAGACAUUUAAAUAUGUCCCCCUUCUACAAAGCACAAUUGUUUAAAUAAACCGAACAGAGCUUUAUUAUCAUGGAAGAGCCAGUUUUAUUUACACCUUAACUUUAUAAGUUCACAAACCAUCUAAUGGUAUGUGAAAAAUGUGCAGUUAUGGAUUCUGUUCCUGAUCUUCCCAAGUUUUCUAAUGUCCCUGUUUUGUUUGUACUCGUAUGAGGACACUUGUAAAAUUCAACAACUUUUUGUUUUUAUCUUUUUUUUAAAGCCUUAUACAUUGCAUUUAACAUAUGAAUAUGUGUGGCACUGGCCUGAAGUAUGAAAUACCUCAAAAGCUCUGCCUACCUAACACCUGCUACUUAUUGCCUCAUGAAGAUUAACUGUAGAGAAAUCACUGUAAACACACAAGCUCAGUUUAAGGGGGUUUUCAAAUUCUAAUCUGUUGGGUUUUUUUUUUUUAAACACCACGACAUGGUUUGCUGUCUGCUGUUUGUUUCCAGAUAUUUGUACAUGUAUGUAGCCGGAGGAGGACAAGAGCUCCUUAACAAUUCAGUCUAUUGUUUAAGUUGGCUGCUCAAUAAUUCACCUCAGCUGGUUUGCAGUAUGUCAUGUAUUAAGCAAUAUAUUCAAACUUUAAAGUCAGCUAACUAGUGGUUGUGAAUACACCAUUCACGCAUGGUUUUGUCACAUUAUUUAAAACCCUGUGCACAUUAUCAGGAUUUAGAAGGCCUGGCUGCAACACUGUCAUAUUUCACGGUAGUCCAUACAAUGAGAAAAUCAUGUACACGUCUGAGCUCAAAUCUUAAACUCUUUUGUUUUCUGCAAUCAUGUUCUCAUCUACUUUGGCACUUCAUGUUUGCACCCCUCUGGCACUGAUCACACUCGCUGUCUGGCAUCGCUGUGGUCAGUCCCAGAGCUCUGUAAAUUGUAAAUGAGAAUGAAAACGUUUGCAUCUAUGUACAUUUGCAGCAGGAUUUUCUUGGGCAGCAAAAAAUAAACCAGAAACUGCUGGAUUUACUAUUGUCUAAUAAUAAAAAGGAACAUAUACUGCAACUUCUGAUUUAUUGCCUCAGUGUUCAAAAGUUAUCUGCCCUGUAUUUAAUUCAUAUUUGUAGGUCUAUUUUGUCACGCCAAGGUGGAGAUUUUGAAUUCUUUGUUAGAACUUAGUUUAGGAUGUAAAAAAUGAUUAAGAAUUCAGUUGAAGUAAAUUAAAAGACUUGGAAAAUACAA